GUGAUAUACAAAGAUGAUUUGACAUGGCUAAAGGGAAUUGGAUGUUACGUGUGGGACACUCCUCAAAUCCUGCAUGCCAAGAAGUCUUACGACCUUCAGAGCCAACUGAUAUACACAAAACCAGGGAAGGACAAUCUACCAAACUAUGGUGUGGUUAUGGACACUCCAGUUUAUGUAACUGCUGUUCAGAGUGGUAUCAAUGCUAGUGAGCUGAAAUAUAAAGAACAAUACCAUAAAACAAAGGACAAAUAUACCACAGUAUUGAAAACAGCAGAUCACGAUAGGAUCCAGAACCUCAAGCAUCUCUUCAGUGAUAAUGUAUACAAGAAAAUGUGGGAGAAAAUCAAGUCCCUCACUUACAAAUUGCCUCCCGAUGCUGUGCCUUUUGUUCGUGCUAGGCAGCUGAAAUAUAAUGCCAGUAUUGUGAAAUAUCGGGAAGAGUAUGAUAAAUUUAAAGCACUCUACACCAUUCCUAGAGGUGUUCAGGAUGAUCCCAACACUGCAAGAUGCUUAAGAGUUGGCAAGCUGAACAUUGAUCGUUUAUACAGAGACAUCUAUGAAAAGAACAAGGCUAAAAUCCAUAUCGCGCCAGACAUGGUGGGCAUAGUGACAGCUAAGAAAACACAG